UUUAUCGUGCAAGAGUCUGUCAAAAUAGGCAAGCCCCUCAUUGCAGCGAGCUUCAACUACAGGCUCGUGGGAUCCGCGUUUCUCCCUGGCGCUUCUGUUAACAAGUCCACAGUCGCAACCUUGGCCUUCAUGACCAAAGGAUGGCGUUGCGCUGGAUUCGAGAGAACAUCGCCGCAUUUGGUGGAGAUGCCUCGCGUGUGA